UGGUUUAAUUGGAACCGGCCGAUGCGGACGAUCCGGCGGCUGCGAAGCCCUCCCUCCAGCGCUCGAUGUUCUCUCUCCACGACCGGGUGAGAGAGAGGCGGGAUUAAAACUUUGGUACCGCAUCAGAUCUCUACAGCUCCUAGGGUUUGUGGAUUUGUGGAUUUGUGAAGCGCGCCAGCUGAGCGGCUAUGGCGCCGAUCGAUAUCAGGCAAGCCGCGGGCGCGAUGGUCGGUCUGGGUGCUCGCGAUGGCCGCAUUGAGCUGAGAUCACCAGUGCGAUCGAGGUGAAAUUUCUCUGGGGAUGUUCUAGGGCGUGGAGAAUCCAGGCGCUCGUCAUUGCAUGGGAGAAUGUCGCUUUUUCGCAGAUUUUUCUACCGGAGGCCCCCCGAUGGGCUCCUGGAGAUAUCCGAGAGGGUUUUCGUCUUUGACUCGUGCUUCUCCACCGACGUCUUCGAGGAGGAGACUUACAAGCUCUAUUUGCGCCAGAUCGCUAUGCAAAUCCACGAGCAGUUCCCCGACUCGUCCUUCCUCGUCUUUAACUUUCGCGAGGGCGAGAGGAAGAGCCAGCUGACCGAGAUGCUAUCGCAGUACGAGAUGACCGUGAUGGACUAUCCACGCCAGUACGAGGGCUGCCCGAUUCUUCCCAUGGAGAUGAUCCACCACUUCUUGCGAUCCAGCGAUAGCUGGCUCUCGCUCGAGGGGCAGCAAAACAUCGUCUUGAUGCACUGCGAGAGGGGGGGAUGGCCGCUGCUGGCGUUCAUUCUCGCCAGCUUUCUCAUCUACAGGAAGAUGUACACGGGCGAAUUCAAGACGCUCGAUAUGCUCCACCGCGAGGCUCCAAAGGGAUUGAUGCAGCUGCUCACACCUCUCAACCCGAUGCCAUCACAGCUAAGAUAUCUCCAGUACGUUGCUAGGAGGAACAACUCUCCGGAGUGGCCACCCCCGGAUCGCUCGCUCAGCCUCGACUGCCUCAUUCUCAGGGUGGUGCCUACUUUCGACGCCGACGGUGGAUGCCGGCCCCUCGUCCGGAUUUAUGGAAGAGAUCCCCGAUCAAAGGCAGGGAACAGGACGACGAGAAUGCUCUUUGCCUUGGGAAAGAAGAACAAGUCUGUCCGACACUAUCGACAGACAGAUUGUGAUGUGGUCAAGAUCGACGUACAGUGUGCUGUGCAAGGGGACGUGGUUCUCGAGUGCAUCCACUUGGACUUGGAGUCGGACCGGGAGGAGAUGAUGUUCCGUGUCAUGUUUAACACCGCUUUCAUCCGCUCCAACAUCCUGAUGCUCAACCGGGACGACAUUGACAUACUUUGGAACGGGAAGGAGCGCUUCUCCAAGGACUUUCGAGCAGAGGUGCUUUUUGGCGAGACGGAUGGAUUUUCGUCCCCUGUGGCUCCUGUGCCGUCGCUGAUAGAAGAUAACGGUGGCUUGCCAAUGGAAGCUUUUGCCAAGGUCCAGGAGCUCUUCAGUAGCGGGGACUGGCUAGACGGUGGUGGAGAUGCGGCAUUGAAGUUUCUCCAGCAGCUGACCACGGUUGGCAAUGAUAGGAGGUUGACAAUGGAUCGAGCAGCACUAACAACGGCGGACAACGAGUGGACAAUUAUACCGAGCACCACCGCCACCUCCUUACCCCUAACCGACGACGAUCACAACGGGACGAGUCCAACGUCAUCGUCCAACUCUAGCUUCGCACCAGGUACUCCUUCGCCACCUCCUCCCCCGCCACUUCCAUCACCUCCGAGGUUGGCCAUUUCGCGUUCUCCACCUCCUGCUCCACCACCACCAGUUUCUGUUACUGGUCGUCCCCCUCCUCCGCCACCUCCACCACCUCCGUUCAAGCUUCCAAGUUCUACUGCUGGAGCUACUGCAAAGCCACAACCGCCACCGCCACCGCCACCUCCACCUCCUCCACCGUUUCCUCGAGGGAAUUUAGGUGCCCCACCUCCGCCUCCACCACCGUUGCCUCGAGGGAAUUCAGCUGCACCACCACCUCCGCCUCCUCCACCGUUGCCUCGAUGGAAUUCAGCUGCACCACCUCCGCCUCCUCCACCACUGCCUCGAGGAAAUUCAUCUGCACCGCCGCCUCCGCCUCCCCCACCUCCUCCGUUGCCUCGAGGAAAUUCGGCUGCACCACCACCACCACCACCGCCUCCACCACUCCCUCGUGGCAAUGCCGCUCCUCCACCGCCACGUCCAGUCCCUACUGCCCCUCCUCCACCUCCUCUUCCACAAGCUGCAAGGCCUCUAGCUUCAUCAAGCUCACCACCGCCGCCGCCGCCUUUACCGGGAAUGCGAGGCACUCCUCCGCCUCCACCUCCGCCUUUGAAAGGACCGCCUCCACCUCCGCCUCCUCCUCUGGGGACGAAGUCACCAUUGCCUGGUGCACCACCUCCUCCGCCACCUGCAUUGGGGAGAGGACGAGGUAGUAGUCCUUUGACACCUUCGCCUCCUGGUGGUCGAGGCCGAGGACAGAAUACUCUAGAAUCUGCUACGCCGAAGAAGACCUCUCUGAAGCCAUACCACUGGGUAAAGGUUACACGGGCUAUGCAGGGCAGUCUAUGGGCGGAGCAGAAGCAGUCAAGGCAACCUGAAUUUGACAUGAACGAGCUAGAGAACCUUUUCUCGAACGCUGUUCCAAAUGCUGCUGUGGGUGGUGAGAGAGCGGGUGGUCGUCGUGCAUCUCUAGUUCCCAAGCAGGAAAAAGUGCUCCUGAUUGAUCUUAGACGAUCGUAUAAUUGCGAGAUAAUGCUGACAAAAGUGAAGAUGCCACUGCCGGAAGUUGUUAAAGCAAUACUAGCGUUGGAUGGGACGGUACUGGAUGUUGAUCAGGUUGAUAAUCUGAUCAAGUUUUGUCCAACGAAGGAGGAGAUGGAAACGCUCAAGAACUACACGGGCGAUAAAGAAUGUCUGGGCAAAUGUGAGCAGUAUUUUCUGGAAAUGAUGAAAGUUCCUCGGGUGGAGUCCAAAUUGAGGGUUUUUUCUUUUAAACUUCAGUUCACGUCUCAGGUGCUAGAUUUACGGGAAAAUCUGGUAGUAGUCAAUGAAGCUUCAGCAGAGGUGAAAGAGUCUGCUAAGCUUAAAAGAGUAAUGCAAACGGUUCUAUCCUUGGGAAAUGCGCUAAACCAAGGAACUGCUAGAGGGGCGGCGAUUGGAUUCAGGCUCGAUAGUCUACUUAAGCUGACAGAGACUCGAGCUCGUAAUUCUAAAACUACGUUAUUACACUAUUUGUGUAAAAUUGUAUCUGAGAAAAUGCCCGAAAUACUUGAUUUUGACAAGGAAUUGCUUCACCUUGAAGCAGCCACCAAGAUUCAAUUGAAAGCCCUUGCAGAAGAAAUGCAAGCCGUAAGCAAAGGCCUGGAAAAGGUUGAGCAGGAAUUGACAGCAUCUGAAAACGAUGGAGCCGUGUCCGAUGGGUUUCGGAAGAGCUUGAAGAGUUUCCUUGAUACAGCGGAGGCGGACGUGAGAACACUGGCGUCGUUGUACUCUGAAGUGGGCCGGAAUGCUGAUUCCUUGGCACGCUACUUCAACGAAGACCCCGCUCGAUGUCCAUUUGAGCAAGCGGUGUCGAUCAUUUUUAAUUUCAUCGUGAUGUUCAAGCGUGCAUUGGAAGAGAAUAGCAAGCAAGCGGAGAUGGACAGGAAGAAAGCCGAGAAGGAGGAGAAAGACAAGAUUCUCCCGCUGAGAAGGGAGCUGGAUGGGCUACUCUCGCCCCGGCGAAGCAGGGCGGCGUGACCAUUUAAGUUUGGAGAUUUGAUCGAUCGAGAGAGAGAGAGAGAGCGCUUUGUUGUUUGUACAUUGAUUCUUCCGGAUAAAUUUCACAAGAAACAAAAUACUUCAAGAAAUUGAAAAUGUGGAAAAGAAUUUUUCGCAAAA